AUGGUGCAGCAGCUCCUCUCGCGCGUGCACUCGUCGUGGAACGCACUCUCAGCAACCACUUCUGACAAUGCUUCACCUUUCCUUCAUCCCUUCUUCCCCUCCCCCCCCCCCCUCCUCCUCUCAUCUUCAUCGUUGUUCUUCGAGUGGACCUCGCUCCUUCAAAAUAGAGUCACUCACAGCCCGACCACGAUGAGGCGGCCGUCACUGUCACUGCAGGUGAGCUGGCAUCAUCGAAGCUACGGAUGCAGCACUGCGGCGGGCGCCGGUGAUGAUAAGCUGCGACGCUGCGCAAGACCGGUGUCGUCGGCUCAAACUUCGGGCGUAGUCUUUCGUAUGGGCAUCAACCCACCAUCGGAAGUGUUGAGGACAAGAGUAAUCUCGUCCCCCUCUCCCCUAUUCGCACAGUGGCAGCAACGGCGCCACGUGUGCGAUGUGGUUACUGCAUCAGCACUACGAUUGCAUAAUGCCGCCGCCGGUGAGGCGAUUACAGAUAGCCGGCUCACAGGCAAUCUUUCAACAGCCCCACUCGGGCCACCAACUGUGUGUCCCCCAUCCUCCUCCACCGCCAACACGUCGGGUUUGACCCCUGACACGUCGGAAGCCUCACUUGUGAUACAGCUGCAGAUGCUCACAAAGAAAUACCGAGGAAAGCCAAACAGCCACAGCAGCAAGGCGGUUGUCGACAGCCGUACCACAGGGGCAGAUGUGCCGGUGUUGGCAAAGUCGGCCGGUGCCCUGACAGAUCUCUUGAGUGACGCUGCCGUGGGUGUGAGCGGCAGUGGGGACGACAGGGCCUUAACGCUUUCGCAUAACAGUGAACCAGCCUGGCAGCGAGGGCUUGAGCUUGUGCAGACCGCCUCGUGCGCCACUGCAGAAGUCAUGGAGUGGCUCUUGUUCCUCUGCCUACGUAGUACCCAAGCUGCAGCGGAGGCUGCCGACUCGCUCGCUGGGGCACCGCUGGAGGUGUGCGAAGGGGUCUACGGCGCUUGGAGGGAGCUGCAUCGAGGCCAGAAGCUAGAAAGUGAUGCGACAGCAGUUGUGGACAACACUGUGGCAGCCGCAGCAUCAGCACAUGAGCUACAACCGUCCUCGCUGCUGACGUCGGACCCGUCUUCUUCCGCUCGAGUUCAGCCUCAACGUCACCGCUCACCUUUCAGUCCUAAAGGCGUUCACCACCACUACGCCACGUAUCUCCUGCGCGACCUUCACCACGCACAGACGGCCGCCGCGUCGUACAAGACAACGCACAAGGGCAGCAGCGGAACCAAUGGCGACGUCGACGACGAUAAAGUAUCGACACCCACCAAGGACUUGGAUGCGACACAGACGACGCUGAUGCAUCACGCGCAUUACCUGGUUCACAGGGUGCUGGAGGUUCUCCUGGUACAUCUUCCACAAGACGAAGCGGUGGCGGCAGCGGCAGGUCCGGCUACGAAGGCUGCGGAGCAGCCCUACGGUGUGGAAGGCGUGCUCUCGCGGCAUCGACAAGCUUCUCUGCGCCCCACAACUGCCUUGCUAGUUAUGGAAGCGGUGCGCCAUGCAGCGCAACUUCAUAGGCAAUCAUCCGCGUUGUACAGCGUUGGCUCGUCUGACAACUUUCCCCUCCUGUCUUACCUCUGGGAGGCGGCGCAUAACCGAAGUUUAUCGCAGGACGCACCGGCGAUGCCGCCUUCGCUGACUAACUCCGCUCUUGCGGCAGUGGCGCGCGAGACCUUCGAGACGAUUAUGAGAAGCUCAGCAACGGCGCCAACCCACACGCUCGCAGGUACUUCGCAACAAAAGCAGCACCAUCGUCUGCAGGACGACGCCCUUGCCCUUUACGUGGCCUUCCUCGCGACCAUCUGCAUGCCUGCUAUGCCACAGAGCCGCCUUGAGAUUGAGUUGCAGGCCAUUGAGUGUUUUGUUCUAGCUCGCUCACCGACAGCACGCCAGUUCAGCGUGCCGUCGCAGCAGCAGCAGCACCAGGAGCAGGCGCUCAGCAAUGGCCCACCGCGAUCCCUCAUCGGCGCUGAUCGAACGACUCAUGAUCAAUGUGGGUCUGCAUCCAGUGCAUCAGCUCUGGCAGCAGCUGCCGGUAUGCGGUGGCUGCUGGCCACGUAUCUAAGCCCGUCGUCGUCGGCGCCAGUCUCAGGACCAAGAGCGGAAGCAGCCCACUCUCAGUGGGACCUUACACGCGACACCGUUGUGACUGCGCUCUGCCGGUCAAACUCUCUGCUCACACCGAGCAGUUGCGAGCCCUCUUCAGCCACUCACGCCUCCGAUCAAGAUGCACGUGUCACGCCGUUGCGUACCCCACCCACUCCACUGCCGUGGUGUGCAUGGAUGCUGCAAGUUCUUAUCCACGAUGAUGCUCUUCGUCAGCAGCAGGAACAGGGGUCAGGAACAGCAUCCUUGGGCGGCUUAAUACGUAGCGAUGCCGACGAGAUGUCGACGCUGGCACUCUCCAUUCAGUUGGUCAUGGAGCUCCGGCGCCACUCUCAAGCGACUCUUGCCCGUCAUGGGCGUCCAUGGUUGAAGGAGCAUCGGCUACUGCAGUUGGUUUGGGCAACGUUGCUUGGUGCCACUGUACGAGGUGAGCUUCUCCCCACCAACUCUUGCCGCGCUGCCGCUGACAGCGGUUGUACGACACUCCACAGCGCAAGGACAAGGGUUCGUCCUCACUGCGGAACGCCCGCCGUGCUGCAGAGGCUGUGCUACCCGCAUUACGAUAAGACGCAGUGGCGCCGCCGGUCUGUCAAUCUUUACUUGCAGCUUCUCGACCAGUGGGGCGAGUCAACGCAAGUACGGCUGGUAUUUGCGACAGUAGCGCGGCGCGAGCGUGAUUGGCAGCUGGAGGUGCACAAGGCGGUGCUGGCGGAGCGCCGGGGACUCGUCCGUGUUGGUAAUGCGGUCGAGGGCUGCGGUGAGGAUGACUCCACAAGCAUAGGCGACAGCAGAGUAAAGAAGGGCAACAUGGUGGAGAGUCAAACCGCCGCAUCCACAGCUACCGAAGACCCACACAAGACUCUGCUGGUGAGGGUCUUCCGUCGGUAUCGCCCCGCCCUCAACCUCGAGUCGUGCCUCAUAACACUGCGACACUGUGGUGUGCCGAGGCGAACUCUUGCAGAGUUGUGGGACGGGCCGGCGGGUGCCAAGGAUGACAACGAGGAUAGUGUUGGCGCUCCUGUGGCUGCAGCAGAAAUCAAGCUCGCAGGGGAGGUGCUGCAAUACAUGAUCUGUUCACUGCACGUUAUGGUGCACCACUGCGCACCGAGUGGCGGUAAUGCGGAUGCGAACGAUGAGCAGAGAGACUGGGCAGAUGACACGAAAAUGCCGCGCACGUCCCGGGCUGCUGGCGACCCUGGAGCAAACCUGGAGAGCAGGACUAUAGAGGCAGAUGGCCUUCCUGUUUCGCACUGGGUGGAGUGGAUACGCAAGUCAUGUGUGCCGGCGUUAGCGCACCUCUACCAGUCUGCAGGGCUGGAGGAUGCAUGGGAGCAGCUGAGGCACGGGCGCCUGUAG